AUGGUGCGUCAGCUGCACGACGGUAUGAUGGCGCGAGUCACGGACAACGGAGCUGUCUCAGAGGCAUUCGCAUUGACCAAUGGAGUGAAGCAGGGAUGCGUACAGGCGCCUACCCUCUUCAGUCUUAUGUUCUCUGUCAUGCUGAUGGACGCCUACCGCGACGAACGCCCCGGGAUCCGCAUCGCCUACAGGACGGACGGUCACCUCCUGAAUCAACGGCAGAUGCACUUCCAAUCGCGCGUAUCCACAACCACCGUUCACGAACUCCUCUUCGUCGACGACUGCGCCCUAAACACCCCCUCGGAAGAGGAGAUGCAACGGAGCGUGGACCUGUUCUCCGCCGUCUGCGAGAACUUCGGUCUGGUCAUUAACACGCAGAAGACGGUGGUGAUGCACCAACCGCCACCCAACUCAGCCACAGCUCCCAACGCGCCGCCGCAAAUCAGCGUGAAUGGGACCCAACUGCAAGUGGUGGAGACCUUCCCGUACUUGGGCAGUACUCUCUCCCGCAACACCAAUAUCGACGACGAAGUCACCAACAGGAUCUCGAAAGGCAGUCAAGCCUUCGGUCGCCUCCAAAGCACAGUUUUGAAUGGCCACGGUCUUCAGCUGAGCACGAAGCUGUAGAUGUACAAGGCCGUCAUCCUGCCGACACUACUGUAUGGAGCGGAGACUUGGACGGUGUACGGAAAGCAGGCACGUCGACUGAACCACUUCCACCUCAGUUGUCUUCGUCGCAUCCUGAGGCUAAAGUGGCAGGAUCGUAUCCCCGACACUGAUGUGCUGGAACGAACGGGAAUCCUCAGCAUCUGCGCCAUAAUGAGGAAAAUGCAGCUGCGCUGGAGUGGCCACCUGGUUCGCAUGGACGACAAGCGACUACCCAAACGACUCUUCUACGGAGACGUCGCGACGGGUUCUUGCCGCCAAGGAGGCCAGAUUCGCCGUUACAAGGAUACCCCGAAGUCCUCCCUGAAAUGCCUGCAAAUCGACCCCACCAACUGGGAGGAGUUCGCACUCGAUCGACCGACCUGGAGGAGGACAGUGAAGACAGGCGCUGCGAUCUACGAAGCCAACCGCAUCGUUGCCGCCAAGGCGAAACGUGAAACCCGAAAAUCACAAAUUCGUCCAGUAAGCAACGCCGCCGCACAACCGCUUUCAACGUGUCCUCGAUGUCAACGGACAUUCCGGGCUCGAAUUGGACUUGUUGGACAUCUUCGGAUUAACUGCACCUCUUGA